AUGGACAAAACGUAUCUUAUUUUCCUUCUCUUCUUUGCUGCAUCGUACUCAUCGUUGGUUUCUGCAGAUUCCGUGACUGUCUACAAAGAUUUUGUCCGAUGUUUCACUAACAAGACAAGUAUCUCCGAUAAGGAACUAUCCGACGUCGUUUUGUCCCGCACUAGCGUCUCCUUCACACCCGUCCUACGCGCUUACAUCAGAAACGCGCGUUUCAACACCUCCUCAACGCCGAAACCUUCGGUCAUCGUCGUGCCACGUGUCGAAUCCCACGUCCAAGCCGCCGUGAUCUGCACCAAAACGCUGAACCUACAGCUGAAAAUCCGUAGCGGCGGCCACGACUAUGACGGUCUCUCAUACGUCUCCGCCGUAACGUUCAUCGUCCUCGAUCUCUCCAAUUUCCGAAACAUUACCGUUGAUAUGAACGACGACGGAGGAUCCGCUUGGGUACAAACCGGCGCGACGCUCGGCGAGCUUUACUACCGGAUCUGGGAGAAGAGCGAGCUACACGCUUUCCCCGCCGGACUCUGUUCUACCGUCGGCGUCGGAGGACACUUAAGCGGCGGAGGAUACGGACACAUGAUACGAAAAUUCGGACUCACGAUAGAUCACGUCGUCGACGCCACGAUCGUCGAUGCCAAGGGUCAGAUUCUCGAUCGAAAAUCGAUGGGAGAGGAUCUCUUCUGGGCGAUUAGAGGCGGCGGCGGCGGAAGCUUCUGCGUCAUUCUGGCUUUCAAAGUGAAACUCGUGGAGGUUCCGAAAACCGUAACCGUCUUCAGAGUAGAUAAAUCGGCGGACCAAAAUGCCCUCGACAUGGUCCAUAAAUGGCAGUUCGUCGCUCCGAGAACCGACCCGGGUCUGUUCAUGAGAGUGCUGUUAUCUUCUGCGACGCGGAAGAACAACACAACAACGGUGAACGCGAAAUUACGAGCUCUGUAUUUGGGAAAUGCAGACGACGUCGUUUCGAUGCUGGCGAAGGAGUUUCCCGAAUUGGGUUUGAAGAAAGAAGACUGUAGAGAGAUGACGUGGAUCCAAUCACUCUUGUGGUGGCUGAACCACGUUGACGUGGACAAAGUCAAACCGGAAAUUUUACUCGAGAGAGAACCGGAUUCGGCUAAAUUUCUUAAGAGGAAAUCGGAUUACGUGGAGAAGGAGAUGACCAAACCAGAACUAAACCGUCUGUUUCAGAGACUGGCGACAUUAAACAGAACCGGUUUGGUUUUGAAUCCAUACGGAGGGAAUCUAAACGCGACCGCAACGAACGCAACGGCGUUUCCGCAUAGGCACAAACUAUACAAGAUACAACAUUCCGUGACAUGGACCGAUGCUGGACCGGAAGCUGACAGGCUUUACGUUGGUAAUCUAAGAACGACGUACAAAAUCAUGACACCGUUCGUAUCUAAAAACCCUAGGAGCUCGUAUUUGAACUAUAGAGAUGUCGACAUUGGGGUUAAUGAUCAUGGAGCGGAUGGUUAUCGGAAGGGAGAAAUCUACGGGAGGAAGUAUUUUGGCGAGAAUUUCGACCGGUUGGUUCGGGUGAAAACCGCGGUUGAUCCGGAUAAUUUCUUUAGGAAUGAGCAGAGUAUACCAACUUUACCUUCUAAGAGAAGAUAG